UUAAAGGAACGCUGCCUUGGGCUUGCCUGAAAACGCCGAAGAUGAUUAACAAUGGAGUAUGCAGCCUCCGCACAUGCCUCCGUCUCCCGGAGAGACCCCUAUUCCGAGCAUCUCCGCUCUCAUUCAGUCGGCGGCUGCGGUUUAUCGCCACCGCAGCCGAAACGAAGAAGAAAGAGAAGGUGAUAGUCAUUUCUGGACCUACCGGUUCCGGCAAGAGCCGCCUCGCAAUGGAGCUCGCAAAGCGCCUCAAUGGCGAAAUCGUCAGUGCCGACUCUGUCCAGGUUUAUCAGGGUCUUGAUAUUGGAUCUGCGAAGCCUUCCUUAGAUGAUAGAAAGGAGGUACCGCAUCAUCUUGUUGAUAUACUGCACCCAUCUGAAGACUAUUCUGUUGGGCAGUUUUUUGAAGAUGCAAGGCAAGCUACAAAAUGUAUUUUUGACAAAGGCCGUGUUCCCAUAGUUGUUGGGGGCACUGGAUUGUAUUUAAGAUGGUUCAUAUAUGGAAAGCCAGAUGUGCCUAAAGCCUCUGCAGAGGUUUCAUCUCAAGUACAUCUGGAAUUAGCCAAACUGCAGAGAAAUGAAGACUGGGAUGCUGCUGUGCAGUUGGUGGUAAAAGCAGGUGAUCCAAAGGCCCAAUUUGUGGCAUCGAAUGAUUGGUACCGAUUACGUCGUAGCCUAGAGAUUAUUAGGUCUAGUGGAUCACCUCCUUCUGCUUUUCGGGUACCAUAUGAAUCUUUCACGGAACAGGAUGGUUGUAGUGUUGCUGAUGGUUCUGAGCCGUCUCAUAUGACCACUUAUGGUGAUGCAAUGGAAACCGACUCAUCAAAGUUAGACUACGACUUUUUGUGUUUUUUCCUUUCUAGCAACAGACUUGACCUCUAUAAGUCACUUGAUUAUCGGUGUGAAGAUAUGCUAUUAGGAAGGCAUGGGAUUUUGUUGGAGGCUCAGUGGCUUCUUGAUAUUGGUCUUCAUCCAAACUCCAAUUCUGCAACUCGAGCAAUUGGUUACAGACAGGGCAUGGAGUACUUGCUAACAUGCAGAGAGCAAAGGGGUCAGAGUUCAGCUCGAGAAUUUUACAAAUUCUUGGCUGAAUUUCAAAAAGCUUCACGGAAUUUUGCAAAAAGACAGUUGACAUGGUUUCGCAAUGAACGUAUAUACCACUGGCUUGAUGCUUCUAAACCUCUGGAAACCGUUCUUAACUUCAUUCACGAUGCAUACAAUUAUGGAAAUGGAAGUCUUCUUGUGCCUGAACACCUAAGCAUGCCGAGAGAUAUUUCAGAUCGCCGGGUAGCUGCUAAACUUAAGUCUUACCGCUCCAAAAAUAGGCAUUUUGUGAACGGGGAAGAUUGUUCUCAUAUACUCAACUGGAUAAGAGAGACUCAAAGGUGAAGGGAUGGAAAUUUUCGUUUUGCAUUCCCUUGAGCUGGCCGGGCAUUCAUUGGGCUCAAUUUUUGUAUUAUGAAGCUGAAUUUUUAUUUUUUUUUUAUAAAUUUGCUUUCUUGUUUUAUCUUUUCUUCAAUAUUUGUUUUUUGUGGUUCAGCUAUAUUUAAAAAUGAUUGCUUCUCCCUUUUUGGGUAGCAUGCACGACUUAUGUAACCGACCAAUAAGAAGUAGAGGAAAUGUUUUAGGCCUUGCUUUCUCUUUUACCUUCAAGUGUUAAAUUUGGCAACCCAUGACCCAAUUUGGCAACCCACUUUUAAUGCAGUAAUUUUAUUUUUUUAUAA